GUAGAUCUUCCCGUAGCGGAAACGGAAGGUUUCGGAGACCGAAAGCGCGCGUACGGCAAGCAUGGCGUUGGCGGCGCUGACGCUGAGGACGCGGACAGCUGUUACAGCCCUGCUGAACCCCCCUCAGGCUGCAGCUCUUGCUGUCAGAUAUGCAUCCAAGAAGACAGGUGGCAGCUCCAAGAACCUGGGUGGAAAGUCACCAGGCAAACGCUUUGGCAUCAAGAAAAUGGAGGGUCACUACGUUCAUGCUGGCAACAUCCUUGCAACACAGCGCCACUUCCGCUGGCACCCAGGUGCUCAUGUGGGGCUGGGAAAGAAGAAGUGCCUGUAUGCCCUGGAGGAGGGGGUAGUCCGCUACACUAAGGAGGUCUACGUGCCCAGUCCCAGCAACUCGGAGGCUGUAGAUCUGGUCACCAGGCUGCCCAAGGGCGCUGUGCUCUAUAAGACUUUUGUCCACGUGGUUCCUGCCAAGCCUGAGGGCACCUUCAAACUGGUGGCUAUGCUUUGAGCUCCUGGUUGAGGCCUUUGGACGGACACUGGAACACAGAUGACAGGAGAGAGGUAUCAGAAGUUGUCAAGGGUUAGAGUGAUGACAAGGCCUCCCAAGGAAGAAGUCUGCUUGAUGGUGACUGCAGGAGACUGUGAAGUGACUGGCUGGGAAGCCCUUUGGGAGACCUGACUAGGGAUCAAUAAUAAAGUUAGUUGGAGUCAUGA